AUGGCGGACACCGCGGUGCUCGCGGCGCUGUCCUCGCUGUGCGGCAGCAGUGUGCGCUACGCAGAUCUCGUUCAGAUGACGUAUAUGGAGCGGCAGAAGCGCGUCUACCUCGCCGUCGGGGCGCAGGCGCUCUUUCUCGUGCGGCGCGACUGGAGCCGCAUCGUGACGGGCGGCGAGGUCCUAUACGGCACCAUCAAGCAGGUUGUCGACGACACGAGCAACGAGAUGGAUGUCGUCCUCUUUCUCGACGCUGAGGAGCUGCAGAAAAAGCAAAACAAGGCCUGGCAGGCGGGCGAACCCAUCACGAUUCGCACGGUCGACAAACCGCGCCUCCUCCAGUGGCUCGAAGUCACCUGGUGCGCCGACUUCAUGCUGCGCAAGGGACGCAUCGGCGUCUUCCCGAAAUUCCGAGAAAAAAUGACCGUCGACGAAGAAAAAACAGAUCUCUACCCUGCUGUCAUGUACGACAGCUACGGCUUUUUUCUUCACCAUGAGUUCGAGGACCGCGCAGGGAGCGCGGCGACGCUGCAGACAGGGACGUACCUCGACGGGCGAGGCGUGGAGGUUUCGGUUGCGUUUGAGCCGCCGAUCCACGUGCUCUACCUGGAGCAGCUCGGUCGCGAGAAUGUCCGCCAUGUUGCAGUCACCUGGAAGAAGGCGCUGCUGGAAAGCGAGUUCCAGACGCAGCUCCUCAGGUCGCAGCCCUACAUCAAGAGAAUGAACCUCACCGACGAUCCGGCCUCGUGGUCCGGCUGGCAGCUCUGGGUUCGCACCGAGACUCACAAUAUCGUCUGCAUCCUUCUGAGGCGCGCCUACAUUCCGCCUCUGAUGGACAUGGCUCAAGAUAUGUCGGUGAUCUUCCGCAUCAGUUACGAGGACCAGAAAGCCUACAAGGUGAAGGACACGGAUUUUCUCAAGGAGGCGGAGUUCGCGGCGGACUCGCUGUCGCCGCUGAGUCAGACGCAUGCGUGGCUGCGCGACGUCCUCCAGGCGAAGCUCGACGCGCUGAUCUUCCAACCCGAGCAGUACAAGUGGUUCGCUCUCCACCUCAAAAUGCAACCCAAGUGGCUAGCCCAAGGCAAAGUCUUUCUGAAGUCCCUGCUCGCGCUCCUGUACAAGGAGGGCGUCCUCGCCGACUCUGAACUCCUCGAUUUGGUGGGGAAGCACGUGACUCCUGUUGACGACCCGAUGGCCGUCGCGUACGAAAUGAUCCGCCACGGGGAAGGCAUGGAUCCCGUCACGGACUCGAAGAUAACGGGUGCACUGCUCGCGGCGCGCGGCUCGAAGAAGCAAGAGGCCACUUCACGCGCUGACGCGCUGGCGCUCUCAGACACCGCCUCUCAGAAGGCGGAGCGUGAGAUGAACGAAGAGGAGGAGGAGGCUGCGCUCCUGGAGGCAGACCUCGAACCCCACGAGAUCAUCGCCUACCACCGGUGGGGGAUGCGCGUCGCGCAGUACCUGGCGUAUUGCGUCGAGGAAGGCGUUCUCGGCUACAAAUUCUCUCUCGCAGACCUCAGCGAAGCGAUCGGCAUCGUAGAUGUGGCCGCUGACAAGAAGUUGCGAGAAGUUUUUGCCUUCCUUCUGCAUCUGCGGCCGAAGAACAUGCUGCUGCGGUGGAGUCCCGACAGCCUAAAGUACGCCAAAACGACCCUGAAGAAGAGAGACUACACCUUCAACGACCGCGUCUUCGUGCCGCUGGUCGACUGCGGCUUCAUGGCAAAACUCUUUUCCAAAGGAGAAGAAAACGCAUACCUGGACUUGCUGCGAGUGCUUCUGCUGGGGACCACCUCUCUCACGCUCAAAACAGUUCUCUGCAAGCAGAUUUUGAAGGCAUCCGCCGACCGCCGCGACGCGCAAAGCAGCGAAGCGCUCUACACAGUUGUGCCGGCGCUCGUUAGCGUCCUAAGCAGCAAAAACAACGCAGUCUCUGGCAGCUCGGUGUCCCUGUUUCACCUGGCGCUCUCUUCGCUAGUGAACCUGAGCGCCGGAGAUGUGCGCGUGAAGGAAAUUCUUUUGGAGGCGAACGUGUACAAUGCGGUCGUCUUCGUUUUGAACUUGAAGGAGGAGACUUUGCUGCUUCCGAGUAUCCAAUUAUGUUUGAACCUGACGAAGACCGGCGCGCAUCGCCAGGCCUUCAUCGCCUCAGGCGCCUUCAACCUCGUCCUGGAUAUCCUCAUGGCACAGUACUCGAGUUUGUAUUUCCACAAGCAGAAGCUCCUCGCGUGCGUCGCGGGCCUGCUCGGGCAACUCGCCAACGAGUCGAAGGCCUCCCAAGACAUGGUGGAAAACUAUCCUGUCCUCGACUGCUUCCUCUACAUGUUUCACGCACAAAACACGACGCUCGAGUUCAGGUCCAAGGUAGUGUUUGGCUUAAAGCAGCUCGCGCAGGGCCGAUGGCAGGUUCAGCAACGCAUCGGCAAGCACUGCAUUCAGACGCUCAUCAAAGAUCUCCGCGAGUGUGCGAACCACACCGACUACACAACCACCGUCCUUGUUCUGCUUCAGGUCCUGACGGAUUUCAAGCCGAAUUGCUUCGAUAUGAAGGCAGGGAGCAUUCAGGAGGCGUUCCAAUAUUUGUUGGGACACACCAAGGUAGACAGUGUCUACACGAGGGUAGCGACUCUCCAAGAGCGAAUCAACCGCCAAACGCGCUACGAUUACUUCUCGACAUAA